CUUGAUAUUUGGUGCUGUUUAGUCGCGUGCUGUGUACAGCGCAGUAAGGAUAACAAAUCAUUGCACUUAGGUGUUUCUGAAAGUUGGUAAAUAACGUUGUUACGACGUUGUCACGACGUCCGUGCGCCGUUGCGGAAACACAGAUAUGGCUAGAUAUUUGGUGCGGUUUAGUCGCGUGCUGUGUACAGCGCAGUAAGGAUAACAAAUCAUUGCACUUAGGUGUUUCUGAAAGUUGGUCAAUAACGUUGAUACGACGUUGUCACGACGUGAUCCUUGGGUUGGCCCUCACCAUUGCGGAAACACAGAUAUGGCCUGAUAUUUGGUGCGGUUUAGUCGCGUGCUGUGUACAGCGCAGUAAGGAUAACAAAUCGUUGCACUUAGGUGUUUCUGAAAGUUGGUAAAUAACGUUGGUACGACGUUGUCAUGACGUCCCCACACCGUUGCGGAAACACAGAUAUGGCUUGAUAUUCUGUGCGGUUUAGUCGCGUGCUUUGUACAGUGCAGUAAGGAUAACAAAUCAUUGCACUUUAGGUGUUUCUGAAAGUUGGUAAAUAACGUUGAUACUAUACGAUGUCCACGAACGCUUCGGCCGCUUCGGAAACACAGAUUCGGCCAGAUAAAUUCGCUGCCGGAACUGAUACGUAUAAGCAAGGCCAGAAAAUGACUGCCGCGUGAGAUGUAGACAAACCGGAAUUUUCCGCCAUUGUUUUUCUUUUAAUGUCUUAUGUGACACAACCCUUUGAGAUGUUAUGAGUAAACAAUAAAAACAAAUGGGGAAAAUAGGAAAACCCUUGUUCAAUUUUGUGCCCACGUCACCAGGGAUAAAAAUAUAGUGAUGUAUAGAUGACUAACAACUUCAUCAUAAAAACCCACCAACACCAGGUUUCGAAAUCCGUUUCCUCAAAAGAGAUGGUGAGUCAUAUUUGUAUAGCUAAUUGUUUUGAGCAUUAUGCUGAUGAAUAAUCGAUUGUUUCACUGACUCACAGAAUGUACCGUGAAAUAGUAGUUGGCCUAUGAGUCAUGUUCGAGUAAUGCUUGCUUUUGAUUGAGAGUUGUGCGCCCUUGUGCUGUGUGACGCUGCAUGGGUUUAAAGUCCAGUGACACUGUACAAUGUAAAUUAUUGUGGUGAUCAGUGCCUUUGUUUAAGGAUCGUUAACACUUCGAUAGAUUGUGUUUGAAAUAAUAACUCCUGAGUAUGGCGUCCGCUGGAAAACUUUGUGUUGAAACUUCCGUCCUAAGAAGUUUACAGACGAAUGGCCACACAGUCGUUAGAAUGAACACCUCCACCGCUGAGCAUCCGAAACAAAAUGGCGCCGUUUCCAAGAUCCAAAAACAAGAUGGCGACCACGCCCCCUGCAGCGCCCUCACCGUCCCGUACAAGUGCACCCUGUCCCCGACUCUUCGCAAGCGGGCAGAAUCCGAACUUGGGGAGAACCACCUCGUACGCAAACUGGCCUUCGAGGGCAUGCGGCAGAUGAUGAGAACUCGGCCGGAUAUCCAUUUCACGCAGGACGAACGAUUUCUGUUGAGAUUUCUGCGGGCCAAAAAGUUCGAGGUCGACCGGGCCUUCAAGGCCCUGGUGAAGUAUUACGAACUGCACAAGAAGCACCCCAACUUUUUCAGGGACUACAAGAAAUCCUCCAUCAAGCAUGUUUUAGACGAUGGCUUCCCAUUGGUCCUUUCGUCGCCAGACUCAGAGGGACGACCAAUCGUAGCGCUCAGAACAAUUCACUGGGACACGAAUAACUACGGCGUCUUGGACAUUGCCAAGGCUGUCUUCAUGGUGAUGAUGGAUCUAGUGGAGGAUGAAGAGCCACAAAUCACUGGCGUUAACCUCCUCGUAGACCUGGAAGGCAUGGGAGCGCAACACGUCAUGCAGAUGGGGCCCAAUGUCGCCAAGAAACUCACCGCCAUCUUCCAGAACUGUGUUCCGGUCAGAAUCCACGCUAUCCAUUUUGUCAACGAGCCGAUGGUAUUCGACGCUGCUUUUGCGAUUCUGAAGGCAUUUAUGGCAGACAAAAUGAAACGGAGGGUCAAAGCUCACGGCACGGACUUCGCCAGUCUUCACAAGCACUAUCCGCCGUCCAUUCUGCCCAGUAACUGGGGAGGUCGCCUCGGCCCGUACUCCAACGCCGACUGGAAAGAAACGUUUCUCGCUCAGGACCGAGACUUUGCUGCAGCUGUCGACGAGGGCGUCCUCCAACACCCCAAGAAGUCCAAAGGUCACUCAAAGAAAGACUCAAUAGGCUCGUCCAAGAAACUGUUCAAGCAAGACUCGGGUCCUUCAUAAUGCACUGAGCAUGAGCAACAUAAUUAGAAAGUAGCGAUACAAGUAUACAAUGACCAAAACAUUUAAAGUUCACAAGGUACCUUAAUUCACAUAAAUAACGUCGUCUUGAUAACAAGAAUGUAAUAUUUUUUUUAAGAGAGUGAUGGAAUUUCUGUGCAAUAAAAAAUGAGAUUUUUCAGCAAUACUAUAG